AUGGGCAUACUUCUGUUCAAGUCAAGAUGGAGACUAACCGCUCGCUUUCGCAAACAGCUUGCGCCUGAUGACGCUUACCUUUCAUCCUCACGCUUGCAGCCAAGCUUGUGGCAUGGAAAUCGAGCUGAUGACCCCGCAGUGACGAAAGAGGAUAUCGAUACUUUGAAGAAUGACUGGCUUACAGACAAUUGUAUAGCCUUUUGGGAAGAGUAUCUCGAACGCGAAGAACUGAAACGAUAUCCCUCCUCCCAUAUCGUCCUCCUCCGGCCGUCAAUGGCAUUUAUGCUAAUGCAAACACCGAACGCUUUAACCCUCAAAGACGUCCUCCCCGAUUUCAGCAAAACGACACAUAUCUUCCUACCCAUAAACGAUGCGCGGAAUGUCUCGGUAGCGGAAGGUGGAAGUCAUUGGUCGCUCCUGCUCGUUUCUGUUAUUGACGGAGUUGCUUUCCAUUACGACUCUAUGACUCCGAGCAAUUACACGGAAGCCCAGGGCGCUACGAGGCAACUGAGUGUUUUGCUAGGGAGAGCGUUGAAAUUUAUGAAUCUGGAAGAUUCGCCACAGCAGGAAAAUGGAAGCGAUUGUGGUGUUUACGUUUGCAUUCUCAUGCGACAUCUACUCAUGAAAAAACUGCUAUCUGCGAAUGCGAGGGAGAAGGUAUCUAUGAGUAUGGGUGGGAAGUUGGUGGAUGCAAAUGGGGGUCGUAAAGAGAUUCUGCGGACGAUCGAGGGUUUCCGAAGGGAGGGCGAGCGUCGAAGAUCGUAUGUCGCACCCCAUCAUCGUCUGAUUUGUCCAAGAUUUCCUUACGACUAUCGGGGUCUGCGGAGGCCGUCUAGAAGUGUGGAGGCCAGUUCUUCCUCAUUCUUCAAGACAGUUUCCACAAGUUCUGAGAGCUCUCUGAGUCCGGCGAUCAGUUCAUCGUCACGCUUCGAGACUGCUUCUAUGACUCCUCAGAGUUCUCUAAGUCCGGAAAUCAGUUCUUCGUCGAGCUUUACAACGGCUUCCUCGAAUCCUGAGAACCAUUUGAUUUCUGAAAGCGUUGCUACUUCUUUUUCAAACUGA